GGUAGGGGUCAGCCUCUGCAGAGGAGUCUCCGGGAGGACAGAUACCUCGUCAGGAUGUAACCUGUGCACGGCCACAUAGUAAUAUUCCCAGAAUGACCCAGGACCUACGUCUUCUGCCCUGUCCUGCCUUGGAGGGGUAACAUCGUUUUCCUGUAUUCAAAAAGCACGCUUUGAGCAUCUAUGCAGGCUCUAGGCCCCACUGGAAUUCUGAAACGAAGAUGUCAGAGAAAUCGUGGAGGAGGAUGGCAUGGGGGAAUGGCGAGUGUGGAGAAGAGCAAGGGGAGCAGAAAGACCAGUGAGGAGGUGGAGGCGGGAGCCAAGGAUACGAGAGCAGGGAACUGGCUAGAGAAAUGUUUAGAGGUGGAGCCUCGGGGACAGGACGUGGAUUAGAUACAGCAGAGGGAGGAGGAGCUGGCUGAGAGGGCAGUGAUGCCAUGCCUGAAGUGAGGAACGCAGAAGGAACAGGUUGGAGUAAGACAACGAGCUUGGGUUGGGACCUGUUGCAUCACAGGGACAUCAAGCUCCUCCCGAGGAACCAGUGGUGACAGCUGAGGCCAUGUGAGUAGGAUCCUGAAUGAGGCUUUAUCUCUGGCUGUUCGUCCCAUCGUCCACCGUGGCACCAGCUCCCUCAGCCAGCCGGGAUGGGACCAGCGACUGAGAGAGCCAGAGGCAGAGAGGUGAGGGUGACCAUAUCCUGGACUGUGAGAGGAAUGGGACUCUGGGCCUGUAGCUGCCAAGCAGGUGGCAGGUGCUCCAGGCUGUGAUCUGCACCCUCUGACCCCUGACAUUGACCUCCUACCCUGACCCCUGCCUGACCAAGCCAUGUCUGAACAGGAGGCUCAAGCCCCAGGGGGCCGGGGGCUGCCCCCGGACAUGCUGGCAGAGCAGGUGGAGCUGUGGUGGUCCCAGCAGCCGCGGCGCUCGGCGCUCUGCUUCGUCGUGGCCGUGGGCCUCGUGGCAGGCUGUGGCGCGGGCGGCGUGGCACUGCUGUCAACCACCAGCAGCCGCUCAGGUGAAUGGCGGCUAGCAACGGGCACUGUGCUCUGUUUGCUGGCUCUGCUGGUUCUGGUGAAACAGCUGAUGAGCUCGGCUGUGCAGGACAUGAACUGCAUCCGCCAGGCCCACCAUGUGGCCCUGCUGCGCAGUGGUGGAGGGGCCGACGCCCUCGUGGUGCUGCUCAGUGGCCUCGUGCUGCUGGUCACCGGCCUGACCCUGGCCGGGCUGGCCGCCGCCCCUGCCCCUGCUCGGCCGCUGGCCGCCAUGCUGUCUGUGGGCAUUGCUCUGGCUGCCUUGGGCUCGCUUUUGCUGCUGGGCCUGCUGCUGUAUCAAGUGGGUGUGAGCGGACACUGCCCCUCCAUCUGUAUGGCCACUCCCUCCACCCACAGUGGCCAUGGCGGCCAUGGCAGCAUCUUCAGCAUCUCAGGACAGUUGUCUGCUGGCCGGCGUCACGAGACCACAUCCAGCAUUGCCAGCCUCAUCUGACGGAGCCAGAGCCGCCCUUCUUCCCACACCGGCCUCAGCGUCCCCAGAGCCGAGCCAGGGUGUGAGUGCAUGUGAACGUUGAGUACACAUGAGUGCGUGUAUGCCCCCAGGCUGGGUCAGCUCUUCUGUGGAUUGCAUGGCGUGUGAUUAAAAGCCCAUGUGUUCCCACACAUCCACAUCAUGGGAAGGUUAAUGUGUGCCUCCUUGGAACUGGGUGUUGGUGUCCAUGGAACUUCCUCUCUAUAUCUCAGGUCAGUAGGCGCAGAAACGCCUCAUGAUGAAGAUUCUUGAGCCCCAUUUCCAAAACCCCUCACAUCCAAUCCUGUGCUGUAACAUCCAUCAAGGAUUUCCAUAGGGGUAACUGGUGCCCACCCAAGACUGCACCAGUGCCUGCUCAUUGAGGAGAGUAACUGCUGGCCAGGCAGAAAGAAUAUGGGCUCUGCAAUGAGACAGACCUGGAGGGGACUCUCCCGUUGAGCACUAGCAGCUGGAGGAGUUGGGAGUUCAUGGCUAUCAUGGUUGUGUUAAUCGAUUGUGGGGAUGAAAUGUCAUUGUGUAUGGAAGGCGGGGCUCAUGGCUGAUUGGCAAUAAAGUGGCGGCUGCCGUUGUCAUUGUCUCCA